ACGUACUGAGUGCCAACUGUAUGCCAGGUGUCGCUGGGCAUUUUAUGUGCUCAUGAGAUAAGGAAGAAUCCCUCUUAGCUUCCCCUCUAAGACAGGGGCUGUACUUAUCCCGCACUCAUGCCCAUUUCACAGUUGAGGAAACUGAGACUUAAGGGGGGGAAAAAGGAACCUCCCCAAAAUGACACAGUUUAGUGUCAGAGCUCCCCUUUGCUGCUCCCCACGUCCUGACCAGUACCCCGGGGAGGCAGCUGGCAGAAGGAAACACCCCCCCCCCCCCCCCCGUGUUGCUAAAAACAAGAAGGCCCCCCGAGCACGACCUGCUCCAAGACCACGGUCAACGCCCUCAGCGCUGGUGGGCUACAACAGAUGUCAGGAAUCCCGCCGAGCUGGCUCAAGGCCGGAUGAGGCCGGGCUUCUCCUGCAGCCCCACCGGAGGCUGGGGGAUGGCUGGGCUGGUGGGCAGCGCCUCCCUUUCCUUCCCAGAGGAGGAAACCGCGGUUCGCAGAGGGGAGGCGUCAGGACUGUGAUAGGCUGUCUCGGGAUGGACUCCACCCUGCCAGAGCCUGGGGGCCUGGUCCCUGUGGGUAGAGUCCCCCACAGCAGGCACAGGUGCCAGCGCGAGCCCCGAGGUCCAGCCCAGGCCCUCAGAGCCCAUCCUUGCAGGCGACAGCUGGCCAAGCUGGCCCUCAUCUUCCGCUACAUGCAUGCGGAACUGAGCGCACUCUUCCCCGGUGGAAAGUACUGUGGACACACGUACCAGCUCGCCAAGGCCCCAGCCCACAGCUUCUGGAGGGGGCACUGCGGCGCCCGUUGUGUCCUGACCUGGGCUGAGUUUGAGUCCAUCUUGUGCACCUGCCACCCGGUGGAAUCAGGCUCCACGGGCCUGGCCUUGCGCUCCACCAUCAACCUCACUUGCAGCGGCCACGUGUCCAUCUUCGAGUUUGACAUCUUUACCAGGCUCUUCCAGCCUUGGCCGACACUCCUCAAGAACUGGCAGCUCCUGGCGGUCAACCACCCGGGCUACGUGGCCUUCCUCACGUACGAUGAGGUUCAAGCGCGUCUGCAGGCCUGCAGAGACAAGCCAGGCAGCUACAUCUUCCGGCCCAGCUGCACUCACCUGGGACAAUGGGCCAUUGGAUUCGUGAACUCAGACGGCAGUAUCCUGCAGACCAUUUCUCUCAACAAGCCCCUGUUCCAGACACUCCUGGACGGACAAAGGGAAGGCUUCUUCCUCUACCCAGAUGGGAAGAACCACAACCCAGACCUGACUGAACUCUGCCAGAUGGAGCCCCAUCAGCGCAUCCAUGUGUCGGAGGAGCAGCUGAAGCUGUACUGGGCCAUGGACUCCACGUUUGAGCUCUGCAAGAUCUGUACCGAGAGGGACAAGGACGUGAAAAUCAAGCCAUGUGGACACCUGCUCUGUGGCAGCUGCCUGGCUACCUGGCAGAACUUUGAAAGCCAGACGUGCCCCUUCUGCCGCGGCGAGAUCAAGGGCCAAGAGGCCGUGAGUAUCCAUCAAUUUCAAGAGAAGCCGGAGGAUGCCACGGCCGCUGCCGAGUACCUGAGGUCCGGCAGUGACCAGGAAGAUGGGGAGGAGGAGCUGGGGCAGGUGGUUUCCUCAGCCCCCCCUCAGCUGAAUGUGUCCCCAGCUACAGGCCGGCUGAAAAUGUUCUUUCCACCACCUGGCAGAAGCGUAUAAUUUUCUGUCACCGUCAGCCGGUUGCCACCCUCCCGAAGGUUAGGACUUCGUCUUCUCCAUUGGAUCUCCAGAGUCUAGAACAGUGCCUGGCACAUAGUAGGUGCUCAGUAAAUAGGCUUUCAAGGAAUCCAGGGAACAGAGCCUUCCCAACAGCCCUGUGAAGUAAACAAAAAAUGAAAGAAAUGCUCCCCUCCUCAUUUUCCAGAGGAGAAAAAGCUCAGAGAGGUGACUGUACCCGUCAAAAUUUCACAGGCUGAUACAAGAGAACCUGGUGUUGGGGGUGGGGGGGGUGGGGGGGGAGGGGGCGUGGUGCUUAGAAAACCCUACCAUUAUCUGCUGAUCUUCGAAGCAAGCCCCAGCCUUCUUGCUCCUCCCCACCCCCUACUUCCUACCCCAGGAUUUUCCGAGACCCUGGCCUGCUGGGGAGGGGCCCAUCUGUGUUAGGCUGAGUACACAUAAGAUUCAAUCAAUACAGAGGCGUCUUCAAACAAACAGCUCAGGAAGUCCGGGAACAUUAUUUCGACCGCAGCAAACAAGUGAGCCAGCAGGAAGGGGGGUGGCGGUGACACCAGCCAGGGAAGCUAAAAACAGAUCCAGACCUGCAGCCCAAGGCAAAUGGAAACAUUAGGAGGCACUCAGCUGGCUCCCAGAGGACAAUGAGGGGGAACGCGGCCAGGAUGGC